CAGGUUACCCUGUGUAAUACCAGUGAAAUAGUAAGGCAGUUGAAGAAAAGCUCUGGUAACUUGCUUAUCUUGCACGGCAAUUACUUAUAACUACUGCAGUUGUGAUCGCUAACGACCAUCAUGGCGCCUCAAGGUGACUCAGAGGUCAACGCUGUGUCCUUCGUUCUCAACGGCGAAGAACAUACAGUGUCGCCCCCCGCCGUGCCCCUGGACAUGCGCCUCGUGGACUACGUGCGCUACCACGUGGGGCUGCCGGGGACGAAGGUGAUGUGUCGGGAGGGCGGCUGCGGGGCCUGCAUCGUCGUGGCCACCGCCCCCGACCUGGGGGGAGGAGGCACCCGCACCUUCAGCGUGCAGGCCUGCCAGCUGCUGGUCUACGCCUGCGCCAACUGGCAGCUGGAGACCAUCGAGCACCUGGGCGGCCGCAAGAAGGGGUACCACAAGAUCCAGCAAGCACUGGCCGGCUUCUAUGGUACGCAGUGCGGGUACUGCUCUCCGGGCAUGGUCAUGACCAUGGCAGGGGAGCUGGGGAGGAAGGGGACGGUGACGAGUGGGGAGGUGGAGGGGGCGCUGGACGGCAACCUGUGCCGCUGCACGGGCUACCGCCCCAUCCUGGACGCCUUCAAGUCCCUGGCGGGGGACGGCGCCCCCGCCCUCAAGCAGCGCCUCGCCGACAUCGAGGAGGCGUACAAGACGACCUGCCCUCGCACGGGACAGCCUUGUGCUGGCAAGCUCAGCGACGGGACGUGUAGGAGUCAGGCGCGUGUUCAAGAACGACGGACCGUACACGAUGUUCAUCAGUCUAGCGCAGGUGCCGGAGAUGCAGCAGGUCAACAUAGCAGAGUCUCCCAUCAAACUGGGGGCGCGGCUCUCCCUCAACCAGUGCAUCGAUGUCUUCAGGUCGGUGUGUGAAGGCCCUAAGGCCGUGGCGGGCUACGGCCACCUGAAGGAGAUGGCCGACCACUGGCAGGUCGUGGCCAACCUCGCCGUCAGGAACAACGGGUCGUGGGCGGGCAACCUCGCCAUGAAGAACCGACACAAGAACUUCCCGUCCGACGUGUUCCUCACCCUCGCCGCCAUUGAUGCCCAGAUACUCGUGGCGAACGCGGCGACGCAGCAGCCGGAGCAGCACCCAGUGCUGGAGGUCCCCCAGCUGGACCUGCGGGGGAAGGUGAUCGUUGCGAUGCUGCUGCCCCCGCUGCCCGCGGGCACCCGCGUGCGCUCCUACAAGAUCACCCCGCGCGCCGUCAACGCCCACGCCUACGUCAACGCCGCCCUCCGCCUCCUGCUGGGGGACGACCUGACUGUGAAGGAGGCUCCCCGCCUCCUGUUUGGGGGACUGGGGGAACACUUCGUGUCAGCCAGCAACACGGAGCGCUACCUCAUCGGCAAGCGGUUGUCUGACGUCAGCGUCGUGCGGGAGGCCGCGCGCCUCUUGGCCGAGGAGGCCACGCCUCACCCAGACCCCCACCAAGGGUCCCCGGAGUACAGGCGCUCCCUGGUGCAGUGCCUCUUCUACAAGAUGGUGGUGGGGGUGGUGGGAGGCAGCCCCCGCGUGCGCUCGGCGGGAGACAAGAUCGUGCGCGGGCUGUCGUCGGGGCAGCAGAGUUUCGACGAGACCCCCGACACGUGGCCCGUCGGGCAGCCCCUGCCCAAGAUCGAGUCUCUUGUGCAGGUCGCGGGGGAAGCUCAGUUUGCGGAUGACGUGCCCCUGGCGGCCGGUGAACUGCACGCAUAUUUUGUUCAGGCGACGCAAGCCUGCGCCGCCAUAGACAGCGUCGACGCCACCCAGGCUCUGGCGGUGCCUGGUGUGGUGGACUUCGUGACUGCGGCAGACAUUCCUGGGAAGAACUCUUACUUCGCCAUGGAUAUGUUCGGUCCCGUCAAGCCUGACCCAGUGUUCGCUGUAGACCGGACCCUCUAUCACGGACAGCCCCUCGGGCUUAUUGUGGCCCGGGAUCGGGCCACGGCAGAGGCCGCUACAAAGCUCGUCAAAGUCACGUAUUCGGACAUCAAGAAGCCUGUCGUGUCCAUCCAGGAGGCCAUCAAGAAGGACCGCCUCGAGCUCCCUAUCGGGUGGGACGGCAAGCCUGCCUCGUCUGUCGUCUUCGGGGACCAGGAUGGUAAAGGGCUGAUGGAGAAGGCGUCGCAUAGGGUGAAGGGCAAGAUGGAGGUGCCCUCGCAGUACCACUUCACCAUGGAGCUAAUGACGGCGCGGGUGAUGCCCCUGGAGGACGGUUAUGACGUCAUCGCCACGACGCAGUUCAUGCAAGAGACGCAGAAGGUGGUCGCUGAGGUGCUCAACGUCCCGGCCAACAGCCUCAACCUGACCGUGCGGCGCCUGGGCGGGGGCUUCGGCCACAAGGUGUCGCGCUGCAAUCUGAGCGCCUGCGCCGUGGCGGUCGCCGCCGCUAAGCUGCGCCGCCCCGUGCGCCUCUUCCAGGACCUGCGCACUAACAUGUCUUCCAUCGGCUGGCGGGAGCCUUACUACGCCUCCUACGAGGUGGGAUUCUCAGACACAGGGAGGCUGGAGGCCGUGGCUAUGGAGGUCUACUCAGGGGUUGGCCACGUGCCAAAUGAGUCUACGGCCGUGAUGGCCAGCAAUAUCGCCACCAACGUCUACUUCAGUCCAUCAUGGACCAUUUCUCCCCAAAACGCCAUUCUGGACACGGCGGCCAACACCUGGUGCCGCACUCCUGGGCACGUGGAGUACAUCGCGUUCGCAGAGAACAUCAUGGAUCACGUUGCUGCUGAGCUGGGUAAGGAUCCUCUGGAGGUGCGGGAGAUCAACAUCCUAAAUAUCGCGGACGAGAAGCAGCCUGCCGACGGAGGACCGAACGUCUUCAAGACCUCCAUCCUGCCGGUGCUAAAGGAGAAGGCAAUGCUGGAGCAGCGCAAGCUGGAGGUCGAGCAAUUCAACCGGGAGAACCGUUGGCGCAAGCGUGGCCUGGCGGUGACGCCCAUGAAGUACCCAUACGACUACCCGCCCCUGCGCUACGGCAUCCUGGUGUCCAUCUACGAGCAGGACGGCACCAUCGCCAUCAGCCACGGCGGCAUUGAGAUGGGCCAGGGCAUGAACACCAAGGCUGUUCAGGUGGCCGCGGCAACUAUGGGGCUGCCAAUGCAGCAGUUCAUCGUGAAGCCCACGAGCAACGUGACCACCGCCAACUCUACCGUCACGGGGGGCUCGUUCGGCUCUGAUCUCGUCUGCCAAGGCGUGAAGCUGUGUUGUGAACGCCUCAAGGCGCGUCUGGACGCCUUCAAGGCGACGCAGGACCCCGCCAUCACGUGGCCGGAGCUUGUGAAGAAAGCCAUCCUCGCCGACGUGGACAUCAGCGAACGAUAUUGGCCCAACACGUCAGAGUUCCCCAAGGGAUACACCAUCUGGGGAGGAGCGUGUGUUGAGGUUGAGGUCGACGUGCUCACCGGCAUGCACGUG